AUGCCUGCCGACACUGCCCGCCCGGACGGCCCAGCCUCGCUUUCGUCUCUUCCGCGCAAGCUCAAGGAGCGCAUCGCCAGCUUCGUCGACGAUUUGAGCUUGUACGAAGAUGACGAGAAUUGGGAGGACGAGUCGACCGAUGGCGAGGGAAAGAAGCAGCAGGAGGAUGGAGCCGACACUGGCAAGGAGGAGGAGGAGGACAGCGUGCUUGUCACCCUCAUUGAGGACCCCGAGGACGCCCGCAAGGCCACCCUCUUCGCCGUCAACCUCGUCAACAAGGAGUGGGCGGAUAUCGUUGCGCCGCUUCUUUGGAAGGAAGUCUGGCUCUAUCCAUGCACAACCAGGGACCUCCUCAGGCUCGCUCGCGACAUCCUCCCCCGCCGCGGCUCGCACGUCGACCGCCUCCUCUUCCGCGAGACGCCUUACGAUACGGUCCUUGACGACGACGAGGCGGACGAGGUGCCCGCAGCGGAAGGUCCCGCUCUCGAAGUCGUCGAGGAGGCCGAGAAACUCGCGCAACUUGACGCCGGCUCGCUCGAGUGGGAGUUGCGCUGCCAGCGUGCUCGCAACGCCCUCCUUGCUGAGAUCAUCAAGCUGUGCCCCAACCUCAAGUACCUCGACCUCGAGGGCCCGCUCCGCCUGUUCCGCAAGACCAAGUCCGUCGAAGGGGCUGCUUCGUCCGACCUUGCCGAGAUCAAGGAGACCGAGGUACCCAACGUGGCGUUCAAGGCGCUCAAGGCUAUCGGCGGGCAGAUCGAGCACCUCGGCCUGCUUGUCCCGCCCGAUGGCCUUUCCACCGAGAAGGACGCGGCCGAGUACAUCUCUGCGUUCCCGAACCUCAAAACGCUCGACCUCAACUGCUUCGUCGCGGUUCCCGACGGCGACGACUUUGUCAAGGAGGAUCGCGAGGCGCUUUACAAGGCUUUGACGUCGCUCAAGAACCUCGAGGAACUCGACCUCGGCCAGUCGAGCUUUGUCGACGACGCAUUCCCACUAUCGACUGCCGAUGGCGACUUUGCCUUCCCGCUCAAGCAUCUCGCGCUCGGCGAGUACCACAAGUUGACCGUCGAGGGUCUGCGCAAACUCGUCGAGCGCAUCUCGCCAACGCUGGAGAGUCUCGAGAUGGUCGACACGGUGCCGGCUGGCGACGAGGACGAGGACGACAAGGCGACGCCGUCCUUCGGCGAGCCCUUCAAGCUGCCGAAGCUUGCGAACCUUGAGCUCGCGACGACGCAGCCUGCCUCGUUCCUCUCGCUCUUCGACACCUGCCCGCUGGUCGAAGUCCUGCUCGGCGAGUGCCCGCAGCUCACGCCCAAGGACGUCAUCGCCUUUCUCGAGAAGCACAAGGACACGAUCAAGGUCGUCGACAUCGAGGAGGAUGGCAUUCCCGGCGAGGAAGACGCUUCUGACGAGGAGGACCCGCUCGCGCCCGUCGCCAAGUGGUGCGAGGAGCACGACGUCAAGUUUGCGCUGUUCCCGUCGACGGCCAUCGACGACAUGUCGGACGAGGAGCACGAAGAUGACUGCGCCUGCGAGGCGCACGAGUGA